UGCCGAGAUACUCGCCUCCGCCCCGGCGGCUCCGCGCAGCGCCCGCGCAGCGGGGAGGAAUCUUCAUGGGCUGCCACCAUGCUUGGGCCCUGGAGAUUUCGGGCGAAAACUGUUGGUUAAUGGAUGAAUGGAUCUGAUCAAGCUGAGAAAGAAUAUGCUAGAUACAUGCCUUUGAGUAAGAUUUCUGCUGCCUUUAUGCAGUGAAGCUUUUUGCUUUGAGUAAUUCUGAUCCAGUUGACGUCUGGUCAGAAUUAGAGAGAGAUUCGCCGAGACUUCCGAUUUCUUGCUGCAUGACUGCCUUUGCUGCAAGUGCUAGAUUUGCAGCCUUGGACCUGAUGCCACAGGAGAUGUCUUGCAUUACUGAGACUUACCAUUUUUCAGGAUGCAUUCCUCCAAACCAGAGUUCUGUCAUGAGGACUGGAGGUCUAAGGUGGACAACAGAAAAUGCAAGCCUGCUCCAAGAUCCCAGCUUUUAAGCCUGGAUGAUUUAUCAGUCUUCCCCUACCGACACACACAAUGCAUUUAUUUUCCCUAUUCAUACUGCUUUUUAGACUAGAAGUGGAAGAAAGCCACAAGGAGUCAGAAAGAUUGCAAGAAGGAAUGGAAAUGGGAUUUGUUUUCAGCUAGCCGAAAACUGGGUAUUAAAUUACUGACGUAGGUCAAUGGUAGGGUUUCCCUUCUAUCCCCUCGGCUUUUAAUCAGCCUGGGUGUCUUCUCCUCUAAAGGAUGAAGAGUACUGACAGCCAUCGCUGCUUAUAAUCAGUAACUCUGAUGUUUGGAGUGCUGGCGAUGAGAUAUUUCUGUGAGACCUAUUUAGAUCUCUCCAAUUCUACCAGGCUAGUUCUGCAGAACAUUGGGAAUAAGCAAUAUGUCAGAUAUGGCUGAGACUCUGAAGAUGAUCCGCAUGUUUUACAUUUUUCACAAAUUUGGGGAAAUAAAAUGUACGCUUGCUGCUCUACAGUAACUUUGGAACAGGAUCUCAAUAAAAAAAUGCAUAUCUGGAUGCUGCAGACGAUCGCAUUUGCUUUAACAUCGCUAGUCCUUUCGUGGGCAGAAAGCAUCGAGUAUUAUGGGGAAAUCUGUGAUAAUGCAUGUCCUUGUGAGGAGAAGGACAGCAUCUUAACAGUGAGCUGUGAAAACAGAGGGAUCAUCAGCCUUUUUGAGAUCAGUCCACCAAGGUUCCCCGUGUACCACCUCUUGUUGUCUGGAAACCUUUUGAACAGGCUGUAUCCGAACCAGUUUGUCAAUUACACGGGCGCUUCAAUUUUGCAUCUGGGGAGCAAUGACAUACAAGACAUUGAAACCGGGGCCUUUCAUGGUCUGAGAGGUCUAAGGAGGCUGCACCUGAACAAUAACAAGCUGGAACUUUUACGGGAUGACACUUUCCUUGGACUAGAGAGUUUGGAAUACCUACAGGUCGAUUAUAAUUAUAUUAGCGUCAUUGAACCCAAUGCCUUCAGCAAACUGCAUUUGCUGCAGGUGCUGAUUCUCAAUGAUAACCUCCUCUCCAGUUUGCCCAACAACCUUUUCCGUUUUGUGCCCUUAACACACCUGGACCUGAGGGGUAACCGGCUGAAACUAUUGCCCUAUGUGGGCCUUUUGCAGCACAUGGAUAAAGUGGUAGAGCUGCAGUUGGAGGAAAACCCCUGGAAUUGCUCUUGUGAGUUGAUUGCUCUAAAGGAUUGGCUGGACAGUAUCUCCUACUCUGCUCUGGUGGGAGAUGUGGUUUGUGAGACCCCUUUCCGCUUACAUGGUCGAGAUUUGGAUGAAGUCUCCAAGCAGGAGCUUUGCCCCAGACGGCUCAUCUUGGAUUAUGAAAUGAGACCACAGACACCAUUGAGCACCACAGGGUAUUUCCACACUACCCCAGCCUCAGUCAACUCUGUGGCCACUUCUUCUUCAGCUGUUUACAAAUCCCCUUUGAAGCCCCCCAAAGGGACCCGCCAACCCAACAAAACAAGGGUGCGACCCACUUCCCGCCUGCCCUCAAAAGACCUGGGAUACAGCAACUACGGACCCAGCAUUGCCUACCAGACCAAAUCCCCGGUGCCUCUGGAGUGCCCCACUGCCUGCACUUGCAACCUGCAGAUUUCUGAUCUGGGUCUCAAUGUCAAUUGUCAGGAGAGGAAGAUUGAGAGUAUUUCUGAACUGCAGCCCAAACCCUAUAAUCCUAAGAAGAUGUAUCUGACAGAAAACUACAUUGCUUUGGUACGCAGGGCAGAUUUUGUGGAUGCCACUGGGCUGGAUUUGCUGCAUCUGGGUAAUAAUCGGAUCUCGGUCAUUCAGGACCGAGCUUUUGGGGAUUUAACUAAUUUGCGAAGGUUGUACCUGAAUGGGAACCGGAUCGAGCGGCUGAGCCCAGAGCUGUUCUAUGGGCUGCAGAGCCUGCAGUACCUCUUCCUGCAGUACAACGUCAUCCGGGAGAUAGAGGCGGGCACCUUUGAACCGGUCCCGAACCUUCAGCUGUUGUUUUUGAACAACAACCUGCUGAGGUCUUUGCCAGGGAACAUUUUUUCUGGUCUGUCUCUCUACAGGCUGAGCCUGCGGAGCAACCACUUCUCCUACCUGCCAGUGAGCGGGGUGCUGGACCAGCUGAAAUCCCUGCUGCAGAUCGACCUGCACGAGAACCCCUGGGACUGCACCUGCGACGUGGUCGGCAUGAAGCUGUGGCUGGAGCAGCUCAACACCGGUGUCCUGGUGGACCAGGUUAUCUGUGAGUCCCCUAAGAAGUUCGCCCAGAACGACAUGCGGGCCGUGCGGGUGGAGCUGCUGUGUCCCGACUACUCGGACAUCGUCGUCUCCACGCCCACGCCGUCGCCGGGCCAGCUGCCGGCCAGAACCACCUCCCCGUCCGCCACCGUUCGCCUGAACGGCACGGCGGCGGCAGGGGGCUCGACGGGCGGCGGCUCCUCGGUGCCGCUCUCGGUGCUGAUCCUCAGCCUGCUGCUGGUCUUCAUCAUGUCGGUCUUCGUGGCGGCGGGGCUCUUCGUCCUGGUGAUGAAGCGCCGCAAGAAGGGCCAAGGCGACCACGCCAGCGCCAACAACUCCGACGUGAGCUCCUUCAACAUGCAGUACAGCGUCUACGGCGGCGGCCACCACCACCACCACCACCACCCACACCUCCAGCAGCACCCGCCCCAUCGCGGCGGCGGGGGCAGCGCGGCGCUGCCCAAAGUGAAGACGCCCGCCGGGCACGUCUACGAGUACAUCCCGCACCCCUUGGGCCACAUGUGCAAAAACCCCAUCUACCGCUCGCGAGAAGGCAACGCGGGGGAGGAUUACAAAGACCUCCACGAGCUCAAGGUCACCUACGGCGCCCACCCCCUGCAGCCCGGGGGGGGCACGGCGCCGCCCCCCCCGCCGCCGCCGCCCCCGCCGCCCGCGCCCGGCGGGGAGGAGGCGCCCGCGCGCAGCCCCGCGUACAGCGUGAGCACCAUCGAGCCGCGGGAGGAGCUGCUCUCCCCGGGGCAAGACGCCGACCGCUUUUAUAGGGGCAUUUUGGAGCCCGACAAACACUCGCCCUCUUCCGCGCUGGGCACGCCCGGCUCCGCUCUCCCCGAGUACCCCAAGCUCCCCGCCGCCUAUACCUACUCCCCCAACUAUGACCUUAGGCGCGCCCACCAGUACUUGCACCCGGGGCCGGGGGACGGCAGGCUCCGGGAGACGGUGCUCUACAGCCCCCCGAGUACUGUCUAUGUAGAGCCCAACAGGAACGAGUACCUGGAGCUAAAAGCAAAACUAAACGCAGAGCCGGACUACCUCGAAGUGCUGGAAAAACAGACCACGUUCAGCCAGUUCUGAGAAACAGCCCCCUUCCCCUCGCACCCCUCCUCCCCGUCAGCCACAGCAGUUCGUUCUCUAGAGGAUUUGUAUUUAACAACCACACGCAAAACAAAGAAACGUAAAUAAUGACCUCCCCGCUACCCGGCCACCCCCCCACCCCCCCCUUAAUUUGUUUUAUUGUAGGGUGAAGUGCCUUGGCACAGUAUUUUUCAGCUUCGGGGAAUAAUUCUGAAAGGGUGUGCUGUUUAUUUUAUUUUAUUUUCAGGACGGUUUUUUUUAUCUUAUUUUACUGUGUUUGGCAGUCGGAAACCACCUAUUGUGUAAAUGGGGCACAACGCUGGCAUUGUUUGUGUGACCAUGUGUGCUUGGGGAAGGUGGCAGGAGGGCCAUGUGAGGUUAUAUUCAGGUUACAAGUACAAAAGUCAUGGUAACUUUUUUUUAACAGAAAUUGUUUGAUUUUGUUUUCUUUCUAGUUGAAGAAUACAGCGCACAUUUUCCCCUUUUAGCCAUGGGUGAUUCUAAAUGGCUUUUAUGGAGAGAUUAGCACACCCCGAAUUUAAUACAAGGUUUCCUUUUUUUAAGGAUGUGUUUGUAUGCUUUCUGGACUUUUGAAUUAAAAAAUAUAUUAUGAUCUUUAAAAGGAUCACUGUAGAUGUGGACAAAUCAUUAAAGAGUGCAGAGAUAUAUGAUCCAUAACUGGUUAGUGAAAAUAACUUAUUGAUGAAAUAUAAAAGAAUAUUUUAUUGUAGCACCUAUUUUUAUAUGCACAUUAGCAUUUCUCUUUCCUUCACUAUUUUAGGGCCUAAUCCUACAAAUUCUUACUCAUUUGAGUAUUUCUCUUUGUGAAAGAAGUCCCAGUUUAGGCCUUCAUCCUGCAGGCACUUAAGCACCUGAACAAGUUUGCCAAUGUGUGUAGUCAUAAAGACUCACUCAUUGAGCACAGUCAAAUGCCCAAAAGAUUAGAAUAGAGGACGCAGAACUAUUCUUACAAAUAAAACUACUGGGAUGUUUAUAUGGUAUUUCUUUUUUCAGGAUAGGGUCCAAAGUCUGUGGAUUGCUUUAAACUAUUGCACUACAUUGAGAGCUUUUUUCCCAAAGCUGGUGUAGUAUCAGGAGGACCUUUUAAAUCACUACAGAUAAUGCCAAUUAUGACCAACAGACAAUCUUAGACAUCUAAUCUGAUCACAAUAUAAAAAAAAUCAUGUUCUUCUAUUUAAAAAGGUACCUUUUAACAACCUCCUGCUCAGGCAUCCUGUUGGGCAAACUAGUGAGGGACAUGUAGAAGGCAUUCAUUUUAGCACGAAAAAAAUAAUGGUUUGCUUUUGAUUUGUCAGUUUUCUUUUUUUUUCUUUUUUUUUAAAAUUGUUAGUUAACCAAAAUAUAAUUAUUUUACAACUGUUAUAGCCAGUUUCUGAUUGUUUAGUCAAGUAUGAUUGCACUUGUACAGAUCCAUGUGUUUACUGGCAUCCUGAAAGACCAAAUAAUGGACUGUACACAUCUAUAGACAAUGUCUUUACCCCUUUGGGCAGCAGGCAAUGGCAAGGGUAUUCAUAAACACACCAUCACUGUAAGAUGGGACAACUGAUGUCUCAUAUGUAUCCCAGCACAUGUGAUUUUUUAAUAGUUUCUGAAUAAACACUUGAUAAAUAUUUCAAAUAUAAGAACAUGAAGUAACGAGUAUCUGGAGUUUAACAUUUCUUGCUGAAAUCAUCUGUUUGUAUGUUGGAUUCUCUUUACUGCAAACAUGGCUCAUUAGAAAGGUCUAACAUUUUUAGGCAAAAUAAAACAUAUGGUAAUUACCAGCAUAUACAGCGUGGAUCAGAAAGUGACAUAGGGAUGUGUUUUACCAAUGUAUUGGAUAGGAUAGUUUUAUAUUUAUAUUUUGUUUCUUUGCUGAAGUGUUCUUUAAUAUACAGAACAGGGUAAAUGAUAUUUCACGUGUUUUUGGGUUUUUUUUCAUUAGGUUAUUAUGUUUUGUAUUGCUUGCAGAGUUGCUCAGUAGUACAUCUUUUAUUGCAAAAGGGCUCUGUUCUGUUCUGCUUUUUCUAUCCAUGUACAAUCUGUCACUUUCUACAAAAACAAAGCUACAUAACCGAUCCUUUGGAAUUCAAGAUAAAUGUUUCGUUGGCAUGUGUUCUUCCUUUUAUGCCACCCACUCUGAGCAAAAGAAUAAAAAAAAAAAAAACAUGACUGCAUUUAGCUUGGACAGUUUAGUAAGUGGAGUGUUAUUUCAGUUUGAAAUGCAGAUAUGAGGAGUGUUCUUUUGUCACCAGAGACACAACACAAGGCUAUUCUGUGCACUGCUCUCAAUCUCCUGCAAACUUCCCAUUGGCACUGUUGAGAGAUGUGAGUAUUGCUGCCUGAGGUGCACUUUUAGGGCCCUAAUUUUGAAUUACCUCCUGUAUAAUUAUCAGUGAAACCAGUGGCCUGGUUCUCCUUCCAUUUAAACUCUGUAGAGGCACACUGUUGUUAAAUGGGUAUAAGUGAGAAAAUUUUCAGCCUCACUGGCUUCAUCAUUCACUAAGAAAAAGGCUAACUCAGUAAGGAUUGAAUGUGCAGGUCCUGCAAACAGUAUGUGUCUGUUCAUGUGUAUAUACAUUUUUUUUUCUUUGUGGUUCAAAGCUCGUAAACAGGAUUUUGCAUAGGUGUUACUAAAAAUGUAGGAUUUGGUCCUUAAUGUGAAAGGUACAUUUUACAUGGCAUUCUGCCACAAAGAGGCAGCAUCCACAAAUGAGUAAAUGAACAGGAAUUGCUUGGAUUUGUAAGAAAGAGCUGAUAGAAAUGCCUCGGCAAUCUGUUUAUGCUUGUAUUCUAAGGCUGCCAUUUCUGAGGCUGUUAGUGCUGCUGCUUCCAUUUUUUUUCUACACACACUUAAUAACUGGUAAUGAAGAAUUUUUCCUAUGGGUCUGCACUUAAAUCUGAAACAAUAAGUCUCUUCAAUUUCUUAUCUUCAGUAGAGAAAAUAUCAGUUUCAUUAUUGGAGAAAAAAUUAUAUUAAAUGGCAUCAAUUACCUUUAGAAAAUGCAUUUUUGAAGAUAAAUCCUUUAAAAAAGAAAAGGAUACAGAGUGCAAAAUAAUAUUCUUUAGCCCAUAAUUAUCCUGAAACACACCUCAAAGGGCUAUUUGUGAAUGAGUUCUUUAAUAGAAGUAGGGUUUCCCACUCAGUUGCUAUGAUGAUAUAUCACCUGUGGAAAAUCUUAGUAAGAAAAAGUAGAGGGGAAUGUGAUUUGACAAAGGAAGAUAUGUUUCUGAUUUGAAAACACUGGAUGAUUUGUUUAAAGAAAAAGACAUUUGUAUAAGAAUGUAUCCUUUAUUUUGUUAGCAAGAUCAGUGAUACCUUCUGCAUGAUGGUCUGCUGAGUUAGGGCUGACCAAAGGGGUAAAAGUAUAAGGAAAAGGAAAUAAAAUUCCUACUUUAAGAAUUCUGAAUAUUAUUUUAGCUUGGUUUAAGUUGGUUAUCAGACUGGUUUCAGUUCGGUAUUAACGUGAUUUUUUUAUUUAUUUUUUUUUUAAGUCUUUUGACAAGUAAUGUUGAGCUUACCAAAUCACUCAUAUGGCCUCACGUUUUAUUUCAAAAGAGCUUAAAAUUCUGUGAUAAAAGAGGAAAAAAGGUGAAAGAGAAUCCCAAUUUCUCAAUGUUAUUACUAGAAUCAAAUCAUGGAUUGUGUUAGUACAGAACAUUGAUUCUUAUGAAGUAAAAGAAAUAUUCUUUGUACUUUCUUUCAUUUGUUUUCAUAUUGUGCCAAUUUAAUGCCCUAAAUACUAAUGGUGAGUUUAGCAAUGAGAUAUCUUUCACUCUCCCUCCCUUUCCUUUUUCUUUGUUCAUUGUAUUCCCUUCCCUUCCCUUCCCUUCCCUUCCCUUCCCUUCCCUUCCCUUCCC